CGCAUUACGCACACGCCGUCUGAAAUUUGAUUCGAGUUUAAAAGGCACUUGCAACUGUCAAAAGCCAGCGGAGAACGACGGGCAUCACAGCACCCGAAAGGAGCACAAAAGCACCAGUGCGGAGCCCCAUCCUAGGUGUCCACUUUGCAUCGUCCCGCCUGGCUCUCCGGGUCAGGCGCGCAGCGACGCGGUGCCAUGCGCCCUGCUAGCCUCGCGCUGCUCCCCGUCGUAGACACCGGAGAAAACCAAUCUUGCGCAUUCGUUCAUGCGUGUGAGCCAACCAUGGGGACACCGGACAACUUCACGGUCAGCUCGGUGAACGGUUCGGAUCCGUUUGCGCGCAACGAGGAGGUGGCCAAGCUGGAGAUCGCCGUGCUGAGCAUCACGUUCCUGGUGGCCGUGGUGGGGAACGUCAGCGUGCUGCUGGCCAUGUACAACACCAAGAAGAAGACGUCGCGAAUGCACCUCUUCAUCAAGCACCUGAGCUUGGCCGACCUGGUGGUGGCUUUCUUCCAGGUGCUGCCGCAGUUGUGCUGGAAGGUCACCUACCGUUUCUACGGGCCAGACUUCCUCUGCCGGAUCGUGAAGCACCUGCAGGUGAUGGGGAUGUUCGCUUCCACCUACAUGAUGGUGAUGAUGACCGUGGACCGCUACAUCGCUAUCUGCCACCCGCUUAAGACCCUGCAGCAGCCCACGCGGCGGUCCUUCAUCAUGAUCGUGUCCACCUGGGUAGGCAGCCUGUUGCUCAGCGCACCGCAGUUCUUCAUUUUCUCGCUGAGUGAGAUAAAGAACGGCUCGGAUGUGAUGGACUGCUGGGGCCACUUUGUGGAGCCGUGGGGUGUGAAGACGUACAUCACCUGGAUCACGGUGGGGAUAUUUCUGAUCCCCGUGUUCAUCCUCAUGAUCUGCUACGGCUUCAUCUGCCACAGCAUAUGGCAAAACAUCAAGUAUAAGACGAAGAAGUGCACGUCCGAGUCCGGGGCCCGGCAUGGACUUAUUGGGAAGAGUUCUGUCAGCAGCGUGACGACCAUAUCUAGAGCCAAGCUGAGGACCGUGAAGAUGACUUUUGUGAUUGUCCUGGCCUAUAUCGUGUGCUGGGCGCCGUUUUUUAUCGUGCAGAUGUGGUCUGUGUGGGAUGAAAACUUCAAUUUGGGCGACUCGGAGAACCCCGCGGUGACUCUGUCGGUCCUGCUCGCCAGCCUCAACAGCUGCUGCAACCCCUGGAUCUACAUGAUCUUCAGCGGCCACCUGCUGCAGGACUUCGCCCACUGCUUCUCCUGCCUGUGGCCGCGCGACCGCCGCCUCAAGUCCAAGGAGGACUCGGACAGCAGCGUGCGCCGCACCACCCUCCCCACCAAGAUGAGCACCCGCAGCCCCCCCUGCAGCAGCGGCACCUGGAGGGAGCUCGACAACUCGCCCAAGUCCUCGCUCCCCUGCAUACAAGCGGAAUAACGCCACCGCCCCCCCCCCCCCCCCCCCCCAACAACCGGAGACCACUCUGUACGACUGGGGAGACUUAUGAUGGGGUGGUGUGGUGGCGGAGGACGGAGUGAUGACAGCCCGCCAUGGCUGAAGGUGAUGAGAUGAUUGUGUUUUAAUGGAUCCCUGCUUGUUAUUGCCAACAACAGCAAGCAUCUGGGGAAGAAUGGCGGUGCUUCGGCUGAUUGCCGAGGAGAGGCCGAGCCAAGGAGGACAACGGGGGGGCUCCCUCCAGAAGUGUGUGAAAGGGAGGGGGGGGGGGGGAAAGGAGACAAACUCCAUAAACAAUUGCAGUGUUUACCAGGUUUCCAAGGCGGCUACAUUUGGGACUAAAUGUAGUUGUUUUGUUUGGAAUCCUGCGGCCUCAGGAUGGCCUCAGUGGGCCGAGUGGGGGUCCCACUCACAUCAACACAUCCACGCUCUCCUUGUAUUCACAUAUAGAAAGAGGUGGUGCCUGAAUAUAGAAAUAUCCAAGGAAAUAGUGUGUGUGUGUGUGUGUGUGUGUGUGUGUGUGUGUGUGUGUGUGUGUGUGUGUGUGUGUGUGUGUGUGUGUGUGUGUGUGUGUGUGUGUGUGUGUGUGUGUGUGUGUGUGUGUGUGUGUCCCAAGCAUCCGACUUGACGCUUCCCACACAAUGUCAAGGAAAAGCCGACACAUUCUUCAUAAAUACUACUACUACUACUACUCCCCCCCACCCUGUUUCCUACAAGAGUCAUGGUUUGGCAUUUUGUCUGACCAACUAAGCUUUUUGUUUUCCUACUAUUGUGUAAUGUCACCCAAAGCCACAGAGAUAAUCAAUCAUGAAAUAUAAAUCAUGGCAAAAAGACUGUCUUGCAUUGUAUAGUACUGUAUAUAAAACAAUUGUAUCCCUGAUGUACAUAUUAUAAUUGUGUUCAUAUGGUGUGUCUGGCGCAUGAGCCUGUAAGCAUAACAAUAUCUUGGGAAGAAUGUUGUGAUUUUCUAUGUUGAAUGUAUUUGUAAAUAGGAGUAAUAUAUGUAAUUCUGUUGUACUUUGGAGCAUAUGCAUAUGUUGUGUGCAUACCGAGAAGAAUGUAAAUAUCACAUGGAAAUAUGUUUCAAUAUAAACCGUUGCUGUACUGAACAUGA